AUGACCUCCAAAGAAGACGCAAAAGGCGCCUCGGUUGAGGAUCGAAGGCGCAGUCCGUUGGACCAUCUUCCUCCCCCUGCUAACUCAAACAAGCCCCUCACUCCUUUCAGCAUAGAGGAUAUUUUAAACAAACCUUCUGUCAAACGAAGUUACACAAUUUGCGGCACGGCGCACCUGCUUUCGUCCGGCGAGAAGCACCAAUCCACGGGCCAUCACCUCUCCAACCGUGCGCUGCUCACACAGACAUCUCCACUGUGCGCCCUGGAGGAACUCGCUAGCAAAACCUUCAAGGGGCUAGAAGUCAGCGUUCUGCAAGCGGCAGAAGGAAGAGACGGCAUGACACUAUUCGGUCAGAGGAAUACCCCCAAAAAGCGGAGAAAGUCGAGAACAGCCUUUACCAAUCACCAAAUCUAUGAACUGGAGAAAAGAUUUCUCUAUCAGAAAUAUCUGUCUCCUGCUGAUCGGGAUCAGAUUGCCCAGCAACUCGGGCUAACGAAUGCUCAAGUCAUCACCUGGUUCCAGAACCGUCGAGCCAAACUCAAAAGAGACCUGGAAGAGAUGAAAGCGGACGUGGAGUCGGCCAAAGCAGUGGGCAAUGUACCUUUUGAAAAAAUGGCCAAACUGGCAGACCUAGAGAAAUGCGUCAAUGGCACUCUCGGAGAAUCAAUGGCCAAGUCUCCAACACUAUCUAACAAGGAGCACGAGGGCACCAACAAACUGCACAUGUCGCCAUCAUCACCAUUUACAGACCACACAACAAGCAAAGAGUGUUCAGAAGACGAAGACGAGGAAAUUGAUGUUGAUGAUUGACUAUCCUUGAACAGCAUCGGUAUUAUUUACCUAUUUCCUGAGAUGAUCCUCCAAAAAAAACAAAAAAAACAAAAAAAAAAACAAUGAGUUGAAAGUGCCAUUAAUGCACCAAAUGUAUUAAAUGACUUGUAUUAAAAGCAAAACAAAUCAAUAUAAAAAGAAAAAAAAUAAUAAGGAAAACAAAACAAGCAUGGGACAGUUUCUUCAGAUCUAUUUAUGCAGUGGGAGUUAU